AGCUGUAAAAACCAACCCAAACAUGCCUUAAAAUAUGGAGAAGUUAGUUUGGUAAUUUGCGCUAAAGCAUCAGGAGCACCGGUUUCUAGACGCUUCUGUUCCGCUUCCCUUGUCCGUCUCUCGUCCCUUCCAACUGUCCCCUUUCCGACGAUCACCCGGGGCCGGCCAAUUUCUGGUAUUCUCUCUUAUUGCUUUUACUGCGUUUUCAAUUACUCCGAAGUCCGAACGUUUUUUUUUUGAUCUUCUGACUUGUACAUACAAAUUUGUAGUAUUUCCAAAGGCAUUCAAAUCGAAAGACACCCCAUGAACCAAAGAUUUAAACUUUUUGUGUUCUAUUUCUUGUCCAUCCUAGUUCUCUUUCUAGCAGUCUUCUUCAGUUUCACCAAGACAGACUACUACAAAAUCCACCGCCUGAAAUUUACCCUCACCUCACACCCCAGUCUCUCACAAUCCCUUUUAUCAUUUCUUCACCAAACCCCAAAAUCCCACAUUUCAAAUCCCAUUUCCAAGUCCUCUCUCUGUGUUCUAUGGAUGGCUCCCUUUCUUUCUGGAGGUGGGUAUAGCUCAGAAGCUUGGUCUUACAUUCUAGCACUCAAUGAACAUAUGAAAAUGAAAAAACCUGGAAUUCCUAGGUUCAGAUUGGGCAUUGAACAACAUGGUGAUCAAGAAUCCCUAGAAUUUUGGGAGGGGUUGCCUCAGGAUAUCAAGAAGUUGGCUUCUGAGCUUUACCAAACUCAAUGUAGAAUGAAUGAGACCAUAGUGGUUUGCCAUAGUGAGCCAGGUGCUUGGUAUCCUCCACUGUUUCAAACACUCCCCUGUCCUCCAACUGGUUAUGGUGAUGUCUGGUUUGUUAUUGGGAGGACCAUGUUUGAGACUGAUAGAGUGAAUCCUGAACAUGUUAGGCGCUGUAAUAGGAUGGAUUCUGUUUGGGUUCCUACUGACUUUCAUGUGUCUUCCUUUGUUCAGAGCGGGGUUGACCAAUCCAAGGUUGUGAAAGUUGUUCAGCCUGUUGACGUCAAGUUCUUUGAUCCCUCCAAGUAUGAGCCACUGGAUCUUGCUUCCAUUGGAAAUUUGGUUUUAGGAGUAAAAACCACAAUUUCAGAUUUGAAAAAGAAAUUUGUAUUCUUGAGUGUCUUUAAAUGGGAGCAUAGGAAAGGAUGGGAUGUAUUGUUGAAGGCAUACUUGAAAGAGUUCUCAAAGAUUGAUGAGGUCGUUUUGUAUUUACUGACUAACCCUUAUCACUGUGAUCGAGAUUUUGAUAACAAGAUUGUGGAAUUCGUGGAGGAUGCUGAAAUGGAAAAACCAGUUGGUGGUUGGCCUCUAAUUUAUGUUAUUGAUACUCAUAUAUCUCAGAUUGAUUUACCACGGAUGUACAAAGCUGCUGGUGCAUUUGUGCUUCCAACCAGAGGGGAAGGGUGGGGGAGGCCUAUCGUGGAAGCCAUGGCAAUGUCUUUGCCUGUAAUAGUAACUAAUUGGUCUGGUCCAACAGAGUAUUUAACUGAGGAGAAUAGCUAUCCAUUGCCAGUGCAGAAAAUGAGUGAAGUAAUGGAAGGUCCGUUUAAAGGGCAUUUAUGGGCUGAACCUUCUGUUAGUAAGCUUCAAGCUCUUAUGAGGCAUGUAAUGAACAAUUUUGAGGAAGCCAAGGCCAAGGGAAGGCAAGCAAGGGAGGACAUGAUCAAAAGGUUUGCUCCAGAGAUUGUUGCAGGGAUUGUUACAGGUCACAUACAAUCUAUAGCGACAAGAUGAUAUAAAUUCUCAUGUAAUUUUUCGUUUAUUUACAGAACGUGUGAUAGAUGAUAAAUUGCAAGUUUGAAGAUUUUAUGAUGAAUAUUGUUGGUGUUGCAACAGUGUCUCAUUCAGGAGUGAGUUUGUCACAUACAUUGCUGGUGUUAGAUUCAGUUUCAGCAUUAUGCAUUAAAGUCAUUGUUACCUGCUUCAUUUCUUAAUUUGUCAAUCUUCUUUGUGAUAUAGGUGUAUGGCCAUAU